AUGUUGCGCUCGAGUCGCCUGCCCCACGGCGCUCGCUGGCACGCCCUGCGCUCCUCGUGGCGGCGGCAGCUGCCGUCGUUCAUCAAGCUGCUCGUGGGCUGCUCCGUGGUCGGCUACUUCUUCUGGAACGUGUCGUACAUCGCGCAGAUCAUGCAGUCGGGGGCGCCGGCGUUGCGCAUCGACGGCCCGCGCGGAGUCGCCGAAGGGCUGCGCGGCGCCUUCGCGGACGUGCUGGCAGCCAAAGGCGUCGAGGAAGCCUGGUGGCUGCGACCCGAGUCGUACCGCAAGGAGAGUGGUUGCGAUUUCUCGAAGGCGGUGGCGCUGUUCAAGCCCGACGAGCUCGAGCUCAACUGUGGCAAUAUGGACCAAUUGGAACAGGGUGAGUUCAUCGGCAAAGGCUUCUGGAGAGAAGUGUACAAGACCAAGUGGAACGGCCAUGACGUCGCCGUAAAGCGUGUGAAGGAGGAUCUUUUGACUCGACCGGACAUCAUUCCUCGCCACGUGGAGGAGUGCGCGUCCAUCUUCUCGAUACGCAAUGCGCCGAACAUUGUGGGGCUGGUGGGCUGGUGCAAGACGACGGUGGUGGUGGAGUACAUUCCGCACCAGCUCGAUACGCUGCUGUUCGACUCGGACGAACCGGUCUCGGUUGGACGCGCGUUGAGGCUCGCUCGAGACGCUGCGCGCGGGGUCGCACAGCUUCACAACGCCCCAGGAGGUCCGUUCGUGCACGCAGAUCUGCAGGCGCGCCAGUUUCUGAUCAACGCCAACGGCACCUUGAAGCUGAAUGACUUUAACCGAGUCAAGUACACGGGCCCCCGCAUUGUGAACGGCGCGCACACAAGUGAGAAAUGCACGUUCGAGACGUCGGUGGCCAAGGGAAAGUGGCGGGCGCCGGAAGAAUACAAAUUCAAGCCGCUGGACGAGAAGCUCGACGUCUACAGCUUGUCGAUGGUGCUGUGGGCUAUGCGAGCACGGGAGAAGCCUUUUCGGAUGCUAGAGCGCGAGCAAGUGUACGAGCAGGUGCCAACAGGAGUUCGGCCGUCGUUGGAAGCCAUGAGUGACUAUCCCCAGCAGAUGCAAGACCUGAUCGUAAGAGGCUGGGACACAGAUCCGAAGAAACGGCCAACCGCUACGGAAAUGGCUGACGAGAUCGAUCGCAUCCUGGAAAGCUAUGAAGGCGAGAGAUAGGACCACUCGGUCCUCUCGUCAGAAUGAUAGAUAAUGGUCAUACAUGAGAAGUCCACAUUGGUAUAGGUACGCAAAAACGACGCGGUAGCGUGAAUAAACUAACUCUGCUGCGGAUU